AUGGAGGUUUAUCCAUACGCAUCUCGUUUUCCUAUGUCUUCAUUGCCUUCUUUUGGGAAUUUUGUUGAUAAGGUUAAAGAAGUUUGUAACUUUGCUGUUUCUGCUGUCAUUGGCAACAUAUUUUCUGCGAUCUUGACCUUUUUCUUUGCAUUAGUGGGAACUUUGCUAGGUGCCAUGACUGGGGCAUUGAUAGGCCAAGAAACUGAAAGUGGGUUUGUUAGAGGGGCUGCAGUUGGAGCUAUAUCAGGAGCUGUUUUCUCAAUUGAAGUAUUUGAGUCGUCUCUUGUUCUUUGGCAAUCAGAUGAAUCUGGGGUUGGCUGUGUGCUCUACUUGAUUGAUGUUAUCGCAAGCCUUCUUAGUGGGCGACUUGUUCGUGAACGCAUUGGUCCGGCAAUGUUAAGUGCAGUACAAAGUCAGAUGGGUGCUGUGGAAACAAACUUUGAGGAGAUCCCAAGCAUCUUUGACACUGGUGGUUCCAAGGGAUUACCUGGAGACUCUCUUGAAAAGAUACCGAAGAUCAAAAUCACAAGCAAUAAUAACGUGGAUGCAUCAGGAGAGAAAGUCUCGUGUUCAGUUUGCCUUCAGGACUUUCAGCUGGGAGAGACUGUUAGAAGCUUGCCUCAUUGUCAUCACAUGUUUCACCGCCCAUGCAUAGAUAAGUGGCUCCUUAGGCAUGCAUCCUGUCCUCUGUGUAGAAGGGAUCUGUGA